AUGCCCAGCAGUAAUGGCGGAUAUCCAGGCGAUGAGACUCCUGAGGAGCGUAAGCUGCGCCACCAACGGUUGUUUGCAUCGAUAGAUGUCGACGGCACAGGACGGGUGAACCGAGAUAUGCUCCAGCGUGCGCUAGAGAAGUCGGACCACCCAUUGAAGGCAUCUCCAGAGGCUGUCGAUCACAUAUUUAAGGCCCUAGACCAGAAUAAAGACUCCGUCAUAGACUUCAACGACUUCGAAAAAUACGUCACCACCGCAGAAGCCCAGAUCAAGAUAGGGUUCCGCAAGAUCGACAAGGAUAACGAUGGGAAGAUCAACAUCGAAGAGCUUUCCAAAUACCUUUCGCAGUUUAGAAAAGACCACGUGACCAAAGAGGAUGAGCUCCAUCAGGACGGAGGCUCUGGGUCUGCAGCAGGAAACAGCGCCAAGAAAAGGUCCAGCAUCUCGAACUUCGUUGACUGGGCCUUUAAUAGAAAGUCAUACAUUACUUACGAGCAAUGGCGAGACUUUCUUCUCUUCGUCCCAAGAAAAGAAGGUUCCAGAUUGAACACGGCAUAUGCAUAUUUUUAUUUAUUCAACGAUGAUGUUGACCUUUCAAGCGAAGGUGAUGUCACCUUGAUAAACGACUUCAUCAAAGGUUUCGGGUUCUUCAUAGCAGGUGGGUGCUCAGGUGUCGUAUCCCGUACCUGUACAGCCCCAUUCGACAGAAUUAAAGUGUUUUUGAUUGCAAGAACAGACUUGGCGUCCACAUUGUUAAAUUCGAAGGACACACUUUUAGCAAAAAAUCCAAACGCAGACCUUUCCAAGAUCAAAUCACCCCUAAUAAAAGCAGCCACAACUUUAUACAGACAAGGUGGUUUACGCGCAUUUUACGUCGGGAAUGGGCUCAACGUAAUGAAAGUUUUCCCAGAAUCGGCCAUCAAGUUUGGUUCGUUUGAAAUGGCCAAAAGAAUCAUGGCCCGUCUGGAAAAUGUUAAAGAUACUUCGGAACUCUCAAGGCUAUCAACUUAUAUUGCUGGUGGUCUAGCAGGUGUCUGUGCCCAAUUUUCCGUUUACCCCAUUGACACUCUGAAAUAUAGAAUUCAAUGUGCACCAUUAAACAAUAACUUAAAGGGCACAUCGUUGCUGGUGCAAACAGCAAAAGAAAUGUACCAACAAGGUGGUAUACGGUUGUUUUACAGAGGUGUCCACAUUGGUGUCAUGGGUAUCUUCCCUUACGCCGCUCUAGAUUUAGGUACCUUUUCAGCACUAAAAAAAUGGUAUAUCAAGAGAGAGGCUAGGAAGACAGGCGCCUCGGAAGAUGAUAUUGUCAUCAGUAAUUUCGUAGUCUUGCCAAUGGGUGCAUUUAGUGGUACUGUAGGAGCAACCCUUGUCUAUCCAAUCAAUUUAUUGAGAACUAGACUACAAGCUCAAGGGACGUAUGCCCAUCCAUAUGUUUACACUGGCUUCUCAGAUGUCUUAAAGAAAACAAUCCAACGGGAAGGUUAUCAAGGUUUAUUCAAAGGUCUAGUACCGAACUUGGCUAAAGUUUGCCCAGCAGUUUCAAUAAGUUAUCUAUGUUAUGAAAACUUGAAGAGAUUAAUGAAGUUAGAAUAG